AUGACGGCGGUUGCUGCCCCGCUGGCCUCCUUCCAACCUAACACCCGCCCCGGAUGGACUACUAAUGGCAACGACUUCGGCGCAAUGAACACGGAUGAAGCGAGCAAGAUGUUCGCUGGAGGUCCUCGCAAGUCUGUGCAGCGGCAGAACUCAUCUUCCUCCUUGGCCUCCAAUAACUCUACGACUUCCACCAUCUCUGCCACCUCAGUGCAGACGAACGGCUCCAGUGCGCCGCCAUCGGAGCCAGGGAGCUGGACGAGGAAGAAGCCGUCCCGAGGUUUAUGGCCCCCUACAAAGUCUGAACCUGCUACCGGUCUGUCAACUGCACGACCGCAACCAGUGAGCUCGGCAUCUUCCGGACCAACUGCAACGUCAGCUGUAUCUGCACUGCAGACUCCGCUUCAGCCUUCAGUCCACAUGGCAAACGGCAAUAGCGUGUCGACCAAUGGCGCCGUGCGACCCGCUGCACCGGCCGAGCCACCUGCGAUCCUGCACCUAUCACCGAUGAAUGGCACGUUUGAAAGGAAGACCAUCACUGUGCCGUACUAUCCUGAGCUUCUAAAGAUAGGCAGGCAGACCAAUCAGAAGACCAUACCAACUCCGCUCAAUGGCUACUUUGACUCGAAGGUGCUUUCCCGACAGCAUGCAGAAGUGUGGGCGGACAGGCAAGGUCGAAUCUUCAUACGAGAUGUCAAGUCAAGCAAUGGUACUUUUGUGAACGGCAUGCGCUUGAGCCAAGAGAACAAAGAGAGUGAGCCUAGAGAAUUACGGGAGCAGGACGUUUUGGAGCUUGGCAUCGACAUCGUGUCAGAGGAUCAGAAGACUGUGGUUCACCAUAAAGUUGCAGCCAAAAUCGAACAUGCCGGCAUAUACACACAAGGAAACGACCCGUUAAACUUCGGCGAUCUGGACCCGAGCGUGAAUGGUGGCUUACUCGGCGCGCCACACCAGCUCAAGCGGACGGGCAGUCAAGGCUCGCUCAACAGCCGCGCUUCAGCGAGUAUCCAAGGUGUCGCACAAGGUGGUAUGCUUGCGGGCGUGGCUGGCCAAAGUCAGCAAAUGCGCGCUUGGGCGAAUCCAAUUACGGUCGAGCAGAUCAUGAAGAGACUCAAUGCCGAGACGAAGCUGGCCAUGCAACAAGCCCAAGAUAUUGCGCGAGCGCGCCAAAUGCUCGACAGCAUGCUGAGCGGUAAGGGCGAGCCUCCUAUGAAAGAGCUUAAGCAGAGCUUUGAUAAGGCACGACCGUCCCCUACGAAGUCGAAGCUGGAUCUGAAAGCACACUUCUCUGAACCGCCCGCACCACCUCCGCAGGCACCACUACCAGAGAAGCCGGAUGUGGCGCGGGCACUUGCGGAUCCAAUCAUUCGACCUUUACUCCGACGUGACGAGACCUUCCUGCCAACGUCCAACAGUAGUUCACCGACCCGCAUUGACCAUUCUGGCGACAUACUACGCUUGUGCGAAGAGUUGAAGCUGGCAAAGGGUGAGCUCACCAGCCAGAGCGAGAAGAUGAAAAGUCUUGAAAACGAGCUCGCGCAGGAGCGGACCGCACGCGAGAGUGCCGAAGAGCGGGCACAGAGGCUUGAGCGGCGUGACUCGCCUACUAAGGAUGACGAUGGCGCCGCUCGAGAAACAGAUACGGCCGUUUCGCCAACUUCACCACCAGACCUGCAGACUCAGCUCGAUAGGCUGAGAGCGUCGAUGGACGAAAUGAAGCAGACGAUGGAGACCUACCGGCAACGCGCCGAAACGGCGGAAGCGGAGCGGGACGAGGUACGACAGUCUCUCGCCGAAAUGGUCGAGCAGAAGCGGAAGGAG